AUGUGGAAUCUCAUGUGAGGAAUUAACAGACAAUGUGUAUCUCUCUAUAAACUCUGUGAUGGAGGCGCAGAUGAGACUCAUUUUCUUUUUUAUAGUGAUGAUCUCAGCUGCUACUGAGGAAAUAAAGAACCUGACAGUCACUGAGGGAGGAAACAUCACUCUACCUGACCCUGUGACGGAGUUUGGAUUUGUUUUAUUUAAAGGAAACAAUGUUACCAUGUUGGACAAUGGGAAUGUUAGGAUGCUAAAUAAAACUUACACAAACAGACUUCACUGGGAUAAAAACACUGGACUCAUUACAAUCACAGGACUGCAGAGGAGUGACUCAGGGAUUUAUACUAUUGACUCUAAAAAAAGAAACAUUUUCAUUAUUUCUUACAACCUCACAGUUUAUGACCCUGUACCAACUCCUGCAGUGAACACAGUGAGUGUGAGCACUGACAGCUGCAUCUUGAUGUGUUCUGUGAACAAAACUGAAACCACACUGUUGUGGUACAAAGACGAGGAGAUACUGAACCAGAGCAGCUCUGCUCUCUCUCUGCCUCUCACUGUACACAAGCAGGAUUUCAACUCCUCUUAUAGAUGUGAGGCUUCCAACCCUGCUGAAAAUAAGACUCUUCAUGUCAACAUCACAACAUCCUGCAGGAACAACGCAGAUGAAGGGGGUCAAAGCCCAGAUACACAGAGAUAUUAUAUUUUGACAGGAGUCAUAAUGGCUGUUGUUUUUGUUGUUGUACUUACGUUUCUUGUCCACACUGUCAAGAAGAAGUUUCAUAAGAAAUCUGAGACGAUUACAAGCCAAGCACAAGGCAGAAUCCGAAUCAGAGAACACAGACAUACUAUAUACUGAGGUCCAAAUACGUGACAACAGCCAUGGCCAGGGAGGGAGUUCACCAGAUUCCUCAGGAACUGUUGAUCGCUCCAAUCUGAUAACAGUGUAUGAUAAACUGGAGGCUCAUCGCAUCCUGCCACAAACAGACACAACAGGGAAUGGUUCAGACCAACAUUACAGCAACUGCUGAACAAAUCAGUGAAAUAUUUGUGCGGACCUGCUUGAAUCAGCAGAUUGAACUUGUAUUUGAAGUGGUCCUCAAAAAAGUGUCCAGACUUGUUUUCGGGUCUUUCAGACUAAACUGCCUAUGUCCUUCCAAAAUAACAAGACAAAGUUGGCUUUGGUCCUGGAUUGCUGAAAGUCGUCUCACAGCUGUUUGACAAAAGUACAACACGUUUCAUUA